AGUCCCUAUGACCUGGCCAUUGUGUCGGCGACUGUCAAACCGCACGGGAGUCCACGCGGGACCGCGCACCGGAGUCGUUUCUCCGUCCGUCACGCACACAGAAUUUGCCGUAUCGCGAUUGUAGGUGGUGCUGCUGCUGAUUGGCUGUCAUGGCGCCUGAAGGUAGACACUGCUGCAGCUGCUACUCAUUGGGAUUCCUGGUUUUCCGGUUGAGGGUCGUCGCCCUGCAAGAUCUGGAUUUGGUCUAAGGGAUACCUUAGGGCCCAUCGUGUGUCCAAAUCAACAGUAUUACUUCUUUGCGUGUUGUACAAGCAUUCUAAAGUGAAAAAAAUCGAGUGUUCUUCCGCGUAAAAUCCAUAAUUAUAUUAAAAUAAAGUUGUCAACGAAGAGUUCAGAAAUAUCCCCUCGUAAUUAGUGUGCAAAGUCAUCGUUUGUGGUCUGGAUAACCCCCGUAAGAUCCAGACAGUGUCCCAAACCCAAGUCGGAGUCGCUGGUGAACAAAAGGAGAAAAAUCGAUUUGAGUUUGUGUUAGGGAAGAAAGAUGCAGCAGCCACAGGAGAAGUAGCAUCAGAGAGCAAUAUCACACGAUUUGAGAAACUGAGGGAAAAUCGCCACCAGGAUGAACCCCGACCGGAGCAAACGCCAGUACCGGUCCGGGAACAAUCUGUUCAGCGAUGAUGAGCUGGAAUUAUCAUCGUCUCAGGUGCUGGAAAAGGUCAAACCGGACCGGGUGACGUCCACCAAACCGGACGAGGAUCGUCGCCGGCGAACGAUCAUCGUCGAGAAGAAGAACGGCUCGUACGGAUUCACGCUGCAGAGCUAUGGGAUCCACUACAAGAAGGAGCAGGAGGUCGAAAUGAUCACCUACGUGGAUUACGUCGAGUACGACGGGCCCGCGUACCGGGCCGGGAUGCGCGAGGGGGACGUCAUCCUCUCGAUCAACGGGUACGACAUGGAGAAGGCCGAACACAAGACGCUAGUCAACUUUAUCAAAAACUGUGAUAACCGGAUGCGGAUGGUAGUGCUGUUCGAGGACUGCUGCCGGAAGGUCGAACUACACCUCAAGUACAUCCAGCUGCAAGAGCUGCUGAAAUGCAAGAUGAACGACCUAGAGCGGAUAUGUCUGCGCGAGCGGGAACUGCUCGAGGGCAAGUGGAAGACGCACAGCUUGCCGGCCCGCAAGAAGGCCACCGUCCCGAGCGACGAGCUCGAUCCGGGGUCGACGACGGACGUCGAAUCCGCCUCGGGCCCGUCCUUUUGCCGUCCGGCCGCGUCCACCGAAGACGUCAAGAAGCUGCUGCGCCAGUCAAAGACCUACAUCGUGCCACCGCCGGCGCAGUUCAUGCUGGCCUAUCAUUGCCUGGACAGCAACUACCGGUACGUGAUCCACCCGUCAAGCUCAACCGGUGCCAACACCGCCGAGUACUGCUCAUCCGGCGGAGCGGCCGGCUCCUCCUUUAAUCCGUCGUCCUCCAGCUGUAGUGGUGCUCAAUCCGGCAAGCUGUGCAAGGACCACCAACACAUGCACCGUGGUUCCUCCGUGGACAACAGCAGCCUCGGCGGUGGUGGCGGGGCCAAAUCCACAUCGCCAACGAAAAGUCUUCACAACUACGACACCAAGUCGUCGAAAUCUUCCUCGCGGCGCCACCUGCACGGCCACUCGUGCAAUCCCUGCAUGGGGCACUUCCUGCGGGGUGGUGGCGACAAGAGUUCCAAGGGGGGCAACGGGAACGGUGCUGACAAGGACAACACCAGCCUGGACGCGUACGACCUGGCCAGCCCGUGCUGUGAUCCGCAGUGCGUUCCGACGAGGCGAAAGUCCAAGCAUCACAAAGAUCACCACCACAAGCACAAACACCGCGAUAAGGAGAUCAAGGAGGGCAAGGACCGGAUUCCGCGGCCCAAGUCGCAGCCACACAUUUCGCCGCAGAUGCAGCCCAGCUUUCUGUAUCGUCACAACAACAAGGAUAAGCAUGAGCACCAUCACGCCAAAGUGUACGACCUAAACGCUAGUCUCGCCAGUCACUGUAGCCUCCACUCGUGCACCUCGAGCGAAUUUAACCCCGCGGCCGAGAAUUCCCCGGCGUCCUACAGCACUUCCAUUAGCACCGACACGCUCUACUGGGAGCCCCACUCGGAGACCACGUCGGCCGCGUCCGGUGCUUCAGCGUCGCACGGCAAGAAGAGUUCCGCUGCCACUGCUGGCGGUUCCGGAACGAACCGGUCCCAGCAGCAGCCUCACACCCACCAGCAUCACUACUACGUGCAAAAGUACGUCAAUCCGCACACCGGCCAGAUCCAGCCGAUCGCCAUGUACGCGGCGACGACCGCCGGAGGUCCCCAACCGGUUCACAAGCCCAAAUCGUGGGAUAACUUGGCCAUGAAGAGUUACGGAGGCUAUGGCUAUGGGUACGGGUACUUGGAAAUUCCGGCAAAGGCCGCCCUUCCCGCAGCUCAGACGCGAACCCAGACCACGAUCACGAUCCAGCACCGGAACUCGAUCCCGUCGAAGAAGAACGGCUACGAGCAGCGCUACUCGGCGGCCUUUGUCGACGUGGAGAACUACGCGCCACCGCCGACGCAGUUUCUGCAGGAAACGACCACGACGACCACCACCAUCACGACCAAGUCGACGGAGAACCUGCUUGGGCCGUACGCGGUGUCCGACACGAGUUUGGCCUGCGAAUGCCUCGAGGGACCCGGGCAGGCCGGAAGUUCCGGAGUGGUCAACGCGGCCAUGGAGAUCCUCCACGACAAAUCCGGGUACUACUCCAGCCUAGGGGGAGGCGGGGCAGGUGGAACCGGUGCCGGCGGUAGCGGGUCUUCCGGCAAAAAGCAAAUGGCCAACCUCACCGAGAUUGCUCGACUGUAAACGCUAGAACCAUGCCACGCCACACAUUACCACAUUGAGUCCAGUGCAUUUUUGUAGAUUCGUUUUUUACGCGUAGCAAACUGCUUUGUUCCGUACGUUUAACGUUGCAAACGUUGGUCUGGUUAACCGUAUUUAUACCUAGGUAAUAUUAUUGUGGCCAACCUACUUUUUUGGGUUGGCUUUUCGUCUUAAAAGCGAGAAAAUUCACUUGAGCUUCGGCGAAUUCUACCUACGCCCAAACGAGUGAUCGCCUAAAAUGAACACAGAGUUCAUCCGGUUCAUGGCACUUUGUGUCAUUUUUUGGCGACCACCGAUUUGGGUGUAGUCACGCGUUUCGCCGAAACUCAAAAUUCCGUCGUGCAUGUUCGAACCAAGGCUAUUUAGGAUAUUAACUGUGCUAAUUUAUUGUCACGCAAACGAACAAUAAAGAAAAAUAUCAAACUUUUAAA